GUACUGUUCUUACGGCUCUAUCUCACGCUCCUCGAGCGGUCCGCUUCUCCCAUACCGGGAGUGACGUCAGAGGCGACCGGAGAAACUGGGUCUGAGGAAGACGAGAGUCCAGACAGAGAACCGGGAGAACCGGUGCAAUUGUGCACGAGACUGGAAAAGUUCCUAAAAACACCACAGAAGACACCGAAUUGCCCCUAAAAUGCUCCAAAGUUACUGACGGGUCCGAAACACUUCUGAAAUACCAUUAAAAAAAGCUUACUGAAAAGACCUUGAAAUACCUCAAGACGCUUCUGAAACAGCCCUAAAAAAAUCUUCUAAAGUUACUGAAAUGCCCCUAAAUUCUCUUAAAGGUUCCUGAAAUGCCAUUGAAAUGCUCCAGAAAAUACUGAAGCACCCAAAACACGUCUGAAGUUACUAAAAGGCCCUUGAAACACACCAAAAGAUACUGAAACGUCCCUAAAAUGCUCCUUAAGUUACUGAAAUACCUUUGAAACACCCAGAAGAUUCUGAAACGUCCUUAAAACACUCCUAAUAUUACUAAAAUGUCCCAGAAGAUACUGAAAUGCAUCUGAAACACCCCUAAAAGGCUUCUAACGUUACUGAAAAACCUUUGAAAAAUCCAGAAGAUACUGAAAUGCCUUGAAAAAUGCUCUAAAGUUACUGAAACGUUCCUGAAACUUUCUUGAAAUGCUCCUAAAGUUUCUGAAACAUUCUCUAAACACUCCUAAAGUUACUGAAACAUUCCUGAAACUUUCUUGAAAUGCUCCUCAAGUUACUGAAAUGUUCUUGAAAUGCUCCUAAAGUUUCUGAAACAUUCUUGAAACACUCCUAAAGUUACUGAAACAUUCUUGAAACGCUCGUAAAGUUACCGACACUUUCUUGAAACGCUCCUAAAGUUCCUGAAACGUUCUUGAAAUGAUCGUAAAGUUCCUGAAACAUUCUUGAAAUGCUCGUAAAGUUACUGACACUUUCUUGAAACUCUCCUAAAGUUCCUGAAACGUUCUUGAAAUGCUCGUAAAGUUCCUGACACUUUCUUGAAACUCUCCUAAAGUUCCUGAAACGUUCUUGAAAUGCUCGUAAAGUUCCUGACACUUUCUUGAAACUCUCCUAAAGUUACUGAAACAUUCUUGAAACGCUCCUAAAGUUACUGAAACGUUCUUGAAACGCUCCUGAACUCUGAAUUAUCUCACCAUGCGACUCAGGAGUUGUUUUUCGAGCGUGUGAGUGCGUCAUCGUAAAAUGUCGACCAGCACCGAGCUACCGUUACACUGCCUGACCUGUGGAGAGGCGUGUGGGUUUGGGGAGCACCUUUCCAGCAUCCGCUCCUGCCAAAAACUCUGUCUGACCCCUCGCCGGAGCUCUGAGGGCGGACUGAUGUCCCUUUACUCCCAGCGAGAGAACGAAAUCGACCGCCCCCUGCGGCUGGAGCUCCUGGAUGCCCUGAGUUUGGCUCGUCCGCUCCAAAAGAUCCUCAUCCAGAGGGACUCGCCAUCGUCUCUGUCUCCAGUGCUGGCGGUCGCCUUGAGCUCCAGAGCCGCAGAAGCGGAGGCAGACACCGGACACGCCGUGGCCCAGCUGGGAGUGCCAUGGCUGGGCAGGCUGGCGCUGGAGGCCCGGCUUCAGCAGCUGGCGCUGGAGGUGCAGGAGCGCGUGUCACUCAAACUGGAAACGCUGCAGGACGAGGUGCAGCAGAGGAGCACGGAGGUGAGGCGGGCCAGGAGAGAGAGUGAGUGCAUGCACAGAGAGAAGCGCCAGGCGGAGGAGCGGGCGGCCGAACUGGAGCGGCAGGGGGACAUUUCCGUGGAGAUGCUGGCCAGCCUCAGAUACGAGCUGAGAGAGAGAGACAAACAACUGCAGCGCAAACAACAGGAAGUGUGUGAGCUGGACAGGUUUGUGCGAGACACGGCGCUCCAGGAAGCCAGCGCGAAGAUCCGUCUUCAGCGCUUCAUUGAGGACCUGCUGGAGAGAGCAGAGAGAGCCGAGACGCAGCUGCAGAAUCUUUACGAAGAUGUCUUUUCCCCUCACAGACACCUGGCAGGAAGCAGAGCAUACCAGAGGAGUUACAGCGUGUCUGGGAUGAGCAGGAGAUCUUCUCAUGUGUCUGAUUACAGAGCCACUCAGUACUACAGGUUCGAGCGGAGGCCCCGCACGCUGUCGGUGGGUUCGGGCUGCUGUGAGGGUCACUGGGACAGACGGCAGUAUCAGCAUGUGUUGUGUGGAGCAGUCGAGGGGCCCGACAGCGGCUCCGAAUCACCCUGGAUGAUCCAACACACACACACCGACGCCGAGUCAGACAACUGGUCACUUUACACCGCAGAAUCACAGGACGACACACAACACACAGGAUACAGGACCUACAACAGCACUGGUCCGGAUCUGCACUGGCGUGUGAACAGAUCCAGUGAAUCGGCCGUGUGUUCGGAGCGUCUGAGGCUCAAAGCGGCGCUCUUCUGUGUGUACACUUAUCUGGACACGCGCUCGCUGCUCACCGCCGCUGAGGUGUGUAAGGACUGGCGCAGUGUCGCACGUCAUCCUGCUGUUUGGAUCAGAGUAACACUGGAAAAUGCACGAGUGUCAUCAAAGUUCCUGAUGACUCUGUCUCAGUGGUGCUGUCAGACUCAAUCUCUCGUUCUUCACAACCUCAAACCUCGAUCUCGUGGCAAGAAGGAGAGCAAAGACGAGUACUUGCGUAGCACCAGGGGCGGGCUGGAGGCGGGGCUGGAGGCGGUGCUAAAGGCAGCAGGGCGGAGUCUCGUCGCUCUGAGCAUCUCUCAUUGUCCCAACAUACUGACGGACAGAUCGCUGUGGCUCGUCAGCUGUCACUGUCGCGCACUGCAGUCGCUCACAUACAGGAGCGCGUCGGAUCCGGCGGGACAGGAGGUGAUCUGGGCUCUGGGUGCGGGAUGCAGGAACAUCACGAUGCUGCACAUCGCUCCUCUACAGCCGUGCCUGCUGCCCGGUCGCUUCAGUAACCGCUGCUUGCAGACGAUUGGCCGAUGCUGGCCGAACCUGUGCCGUGCGGGGGUGGGCGGGGCCAGCUGCGGCGCGCAGGGAUUGGCCUCUCUGGCGAGGAACUGUGUGAAUCUGUGUGAGCUGGAGCUGCAUCACAUGAACGAACUGAACCAGGAGGCAGCGGCGGAGAUCUGCAGAGACGGUCUCCAGCAGCUGCACACGCUCCGCUUCAUCUCCACACCCCAGAGCCAUAGAGCCAUUCUGCACUUCAGCA